AUGUCAGACUCGUUCGACGCCGAUGGGGAGAAGAUCGCCAUCAUGGACACGCACGUGCCCAACGCGUUCGCCACCGGCAGGAACCCAGGCAACGCGGUCGAGGCCGUCCUCGAUCAUGAGAUGGCUCACGUUAAGAACCGCGAGUACUCCGCCGACCGCGGGGGCGCUGUUGUAACCGGCACGCCGAUGCAGCUCGCCUCGGCACUGGCGAAGAUCAGCAACGAUAUGUAUCGUAUCCCGGACGAGGAUCUGCGCGACGUUAGGCACGCCAGCGCAUUCAUGUUCGUGCCCGCUCUCUCGGGGAACGGUAUAGCGAGACUGUUCUCCAGUCAUCCGCCCACCGAGAAGCGCAUUGAGCGGCUCCAGAACAUGCAGCGCGAGCUGGAGCGCAGUAGGCAAUUCCGUAUUUCCCUCUCCCUGGAUGCGUGA